UGUGUGGUUGCAAGUGAAAGGGGCUGAGGAUCUGGAGGGGAUGACUUGAUCGGCACUAGCCACAUUUAGUUGCUUCACUCUUCACUAUUUUUAUACAUUCAGUCCUCUGACAUUUUGGAAAUUAAAAUAAAUUAGCUUUACUUUUUUGGGACUACACAAAACCGUGGAGUAAAAAGAGAAAAUAUUCCUGAAUUCUGCACAGGAAAGCAGUGAAGAUUUUAUCUCCAGUUCAUUCUCAGCUGGGAUUCAGUGGUAGCUGAAUGGAACGGUUACUGCUCCUCGGAGAGGGAUUUGUGGAGAAACUCCAGUGAGACUUUCUCACAGAUAUGUUACACGCUUCCAUUUGUCCCUGGAAUCUGGAGCUGUUCACUUCUCACACUCUCAUAUUUUGCACGAGUUCAGUUAAAGUGUCACAGCCCUUCCAGCAGAUCUGAGCUCCAACGUUAUAUUUCUACCAACGCAGACAAGAGUUCCCAUUGGAAAGUGGCAUGGGAUUUUCAACAAUGGGCUGUUACUAUGCCGAGUGCUUGUAUCUCCUUACAGCAUUGUUGAAGCUUACAGAAGCAUUUAAUGUGGAUGUGAAGAAUGGACUUUCUUUCAGUGGCUCAGCUGAAGAUAUGUUUGGAUACACAGUUCAACAGUUUGAAAAUGAUGAUGGCAAAUGGGUGCUUAUUGGGUCUCCCCUGGAAGGACAACCAAAACACAGAAUGGGAGAUGUUUACAAAUGUCCAGUUCUAAUGCCAUCAAAUUGUUCAAAACUUGACCUACCAAGCUAUACAACCAUCCCUGAUAUAAUUGAAGUAAAAGAAAAUAUGGCCAUGGGGUCAACUUUGGUGAAGAAUCCUAAAGGUGGUUUUCUGGCAUGUGGCCCCCUGUAUGCUUACAGAUGUGGAAGUAUGCACUUUACAACUGGAAUCUGCUCUAAUGUCAGUUCAUCAUUUAAAGUUUUAAAUUCCAUUGCUCCAUCAGUCCAAGGGUGCAGUUCCCAGUUAGACAUUGUGAUAGUCCUUGAUGGUUCAAAUAGUGUUUACCCAUGGGACAGUGUCACUGAUUUUUUACAGAAGCUUCUGAAGAAUAUAAAUAUAAAUCCUAGUCAGACUCAGGUUGGCAUAGUUCAGUAUGGGGAAAAUGUAACUCAUGAAUUUAACCUGAAUACUUAUGAUUCAACGGCAAAAGUGCUAGAGGCAUCAAUGAGAAUUACACAAAGAGGGGGAUCCCAGACAAUGACAGCUCUUGGUAUUGACACAGCAAGAAAGGACGCAUUCACCGAAGCAAGAGGCGCACGAAAAGGAGUGAAAAAGCUUAUGGUGGUGGUGACAGACGGGGAGUCACAUGACAAUUAUAGACUCAAUGGUGUUAUCAAGGAGUGCGAGAAAGAUGACAUUCAGAGAUUUUCAAUUGCAAUUCUUGGAAGCUACAGCAGAGGGAAUUUAAGUACAGAGGCCCUUGUAGAAGAGAUAAGAUCCAUUGCCAGUGAGCCUAAGGAGAAACAUUUCUUUAAUGUCUCGAAUGAGUUGGCUCUUUUAAAUAUUGUGGAAUCCCUGGGAGAAAGGAUAUUCGCUCUUGAAGCUACAAAUGAAGAGCACGCAUCAUCCUUUGAAAUGGAAAUGUCACAGACCGGAUUGAGCGCUCAUUACUCAAAGGACUGGGCAAUGCUUGGUGCUGUUGGAGCGUAUGACUGGAAUGGAACUGUGGUGAUGGUGAAUUCUGAUACUAUUUUAACACCUAAUAACCAUACAUUUAGAACAAAAUCAGAUGAGAAGAAUGAACCUCUAGCAGCUUACCUUGGUUACGCUUUGAGUUCUGCAACAGUACAUGGCGGGGAAAUCUACAUUGCAGGGCAACCCCGAUAUAAUCAUACCGGCCAAGUGAUUAUUUUUAAAUUAAAUGGACAGGAAAUUGAGAUACUUCAGACAUUAAAGGAGAACAGGUGAAUUGGGUCAUAUUUUGGCAGUGUGCUGACAACAGUGGAUGUGGAUGGAGAUUCAUUUAGCGACAUUCUUCUAGUUGGAUCUCCAAUGUACAUGGGAAGUGCCAAACAAGAGCAAGGAAAAGUGUAUGUGUAUAGAAUUCAUGGGGAAGAAAUGCAGUAUCAGAUGAGCUUAGAGCCAUUAAACCAGACUUGCUGUUCUCAGCAGAAAGAAAUCAGCUGCCACAAUGAGAACAAGAACGAGCCGUGUGGUUCUCGGUUUGGAACGGCCAUAGCAGCUGUAACGGACUUAAAUCUGGAUGGGUUCAAUGAUGUCGCAAUAGGAGCCCCAUUAGAAGGGGAUCAUCGAGGGGCUGUUUACAUUUAUCAUGGGAGUGGAAAAUCUAUAAAAGGCAACUAUGCUCAGCGGAUCCCAUCAGGCGGUGAUGGAAAGAAAGUCAGAUUCUUUGGACAGUCUAUUCAUGGUGAAAUGGAUUUAAAUGGUGAUGGUCUGACUGAUGUAACUAUUGGAGGACUUGGGGGAGCUUCUCUUUUUUGGUCUCGGGACGUUGCUGAAAUAACAGUAACCACAGAGUUUACGCCUAACGCACUUGAUAUUGAAAAGAAGAACUGCGAUAUUAACAACAGACCCACAGUCUGCAUCAAAGCAAAGUUUUGUUUUAAUCUACUGCUCAAGUCUGAUGAGAACAAAAAACCAAGCUCAAACAUCAUCUAUACCAUCACCUUGGACUCACCCCGCUUCACCUCUCGAGCCUUUUUCAUUGACUCUCAGGAUAGAAAAUACCAAGGAGUCAUUGGAGAUGCCGUGAAAUGUCUCAAUCAUGACUUUUAUAUGGUGGAAAAACCCGAUUUCUUGAAUUCCAUUAAUGUUUUGGUUGAAUUUAAUUUUCCCGAUCCAGAAAAGGGGCCAGUUCUCAACAGCGAACUUCCAAACUUUUAUAACUCAUAUAUUCCUUUCACGAUGGACUGUGGAUUGGAGCAAAAAUGUAUCACUGACUUAGUCCUGGAUGCCAAAAUAAGUAUGGAUGGAACCAGCUUUAAUGAAGCAAUUGUGAAAUCCACUAAGGACAAGUUCAAUCUGACUCUGACGGUUAAGAACAUAAAGAAGAGCGCGUAUAAUGCCAGGGUGGUGGUGAAAUAUUCCCCAAACAUUAUACUGGCUGCAACGGAGGAUAAGCAGAAAGUGAGCUGUGAAUUGGAUCACGAUGUUACAUGCAAAAUAGGAUAUCCUUUCCUAAAGGAGAAUGAAAUGAGCUCAUUCAAAAUCACAUUCCAGUUCAACGUUUCGCAUCUUUUGGAUAAUGCAUUCAUAUUUGUCAACGCAACAAGCGACAGUGAAGAGAAGUCUGAAACCCUGCUGAACAAUAGGAAGAACAUCACGUUUCCGGUGAAAUACGAAUCCUGGCUGACCAUUGUAAGCUCUGCAAAAGAGUUUCAUGUUCCAAUUCCUGCAAAUGAGUCUAUACCAGCAACCAUCAAUUCCACUGAAGCCAUUGGGGCUGUAGUGAACAUAAACUACGAGAUUAAGAAGAAUGAUUUUAUUCCAAUGCCAAAGGUUUCCUUCCGCCUUUCAUUUCCCUACAAAACACCCGACAAUAAUAUUCUCCUUUAUCUCACAAACGUCUCCUCCUCUCAUAAUGUUAAUUGCAGCACUGAUCUCUUGGAUCCACUGAGCAUAAAUUCUGGAAAAACAUACGUGAUGCCAGAGUUUAAAGAGAAUUUAAGAGACACAAUACUGGACUGCAGAAGAAAUCAAUGUAGUUCAUUUGACUGCACUGUAGAUCCUGCCAAUGAUACUCAUGUCAACGUGUCACUGAGGGUAUGGAAAUCAACAUUUAUAAAGGCCGGUAUGCACAAUCUGAACCUUGUUCUGAAUGCAAAGCUGAAGAGUGAAAGCUCGUUGCUGAUCUUAAACCCAGAAAGUAGGAAUUAUGAGACAAUGAUUAAAUUAUCAAAAGAACUGGAGCAUGGAAGAGUACCUUUCUGGGUUAUUCCUCUUAGCAUUAUCAUUGGCCUGCUGAUAUUAGCCCUGAUCAUAUUUGCAAUGUGGAAGGCUGGAUUUUUCAAAAGGCCACUAAAAGAGAAGAUGGAAGAAUAAUAUUUUUGCCUUUCCUUUUGGUCAUACUUGAACACAGCUGGAUCCUUACAUUUCCUAUAAUGUUUCGCAAGGAGCAUGAGGAUAAAAGUUAUACCACAUUUAAGGAAAGAGUGUGGAUAAUUAACAGAAAGUUACUGAAUCUGGAACAAUGAUUGUUGCUGAUCUCUUGUAGACCAGCAUCUAUAAGAAAACAACUUCAAUAAGCAGUGACUUGUUGAAAACAAUCUGGUGAUGCUUAUCAAGUUCUGCAGAUCACUUCUGCAUCCCUCUAUCGUUUAUACAAAGAUGCCAUCACAUUAUUUUAAGUUUUAAAUUCAAAGGAUCCAAGGAGACCAGGCCUCAUAAGUACCUCUGGGGAAUAGAGUGUCUCCAAAAAAUGAAUGAUGGACUAUUACAAACACACAUAACAGUGGAACAUUAUUUUGUAAAUGGACUACUAACACAUGUCAAACAAGGUUAAGAGAAAAGUUGAAGGCACUUCCAACUUUUUUUCUUGUCUUUGUAUGUUGGUUUUAUUAUCAUUCAGACACAAACAUUUGGAUUCGAUAAUUUGUACUGGUUUACUACUACUGUUAAACUAAUUUCAUAAAUUGGGUCCUUUAUGGGGCAACAAUAUAAUACACAAAAGGCGAUUCUAAAAACGGGUGAGAAGAAAUGUCUACUCCCAGUUAUAAAUGCUAACAAGGGAAGCAGGCAGAUUCUUUAGCUUCCCUGACAGAUGGAUAAAGCAAAAACCACUUACCUUCUGCUAGAAUGCAAUAUUAAUGUGUGGUGCUAAUUUAACAGAGCCCCCAAUGAGCAUUACAUGUGUGUUUUCAUUUUAGUUUUGCAACAAAUAUUGUUAUUGUAUUAUGCAAUUUUGCACUGAUAAUAUUUUAGUUUUAUAGAUAGAAUAUUCAUAUGUGCCUGUAGAAGUAAUCUAGAGCAAGGUUAUCCAUCUGAAAGCCCAUAGGCUGGAUUAAGCCAUCAAAUGAUUUUUAUUGCCCAAUGCCUGCCCAUGGGAUUGAGGGACAUGAUGCAACCCAAUAACAUAGGGAAUAUGUAAAUAUAUAGAUCUAUAUAAACUGUUUAGAAAAUUAUUGAAAGCACAGAUCUACAGUACAGCACUAUUUUUCACAUUUGUUGGGGUCCUAUCAAGAGAAUGUUUCCAGAGGUGUGCCCAUAGCAAUGCAGAAAGGUCAAACGUACAAAAAAAAUGAAACCAGUUAAUUAUACAGUAGAACCCCCAUUUUACGUUUUUCAGGGGACCAGAAAAAAUAUA